CUUCUUUAUUUCUACAUAGCGCUGUACUUAAACUGUAUAAAUCUUCUUUACAGCGUUAGAAGCGUUAUGUACAAAUACCUUGAAAAGGAAAAUCAACUCAACUUUCACAACAUUUUUAAUCAGAUUAUAGGAUACUUGUUGUUUAAGGAUUUCUGUGAGAAUGAUUCUGAAGAGCCAAUUCAACAGUUGAAGUUCUAUGAGCAGAUUAAAAAUUUUGAGAAAACAGAAUGUUUCGACGAGCGAAAAAAGCUGGCCAGAGAAAUUUAUGAUAAUUUUAUAAUGGAAGAAAUGCUGUCACAUACUUAUGAAUACUCCAAAGAUGCCGUUGCAAAUGUCCAAAAGUAUUUAUUAAAAAAUGAAGUUCCUGUGAAUUUAUUUGAACCCUACAUGGAAGAAAUCUUUGGCCAGCUUAAAGGAAAACCAUUCAAAAAAUUUCUGGAAAGUGACAAAUUUACAAGAUUUUGCCAAUGGAAGAACCUGGAGCUAAAUAUACAAUUAUCAAUGAAUGACUUUAGCGUACAUAGAAUAAUUGGUCGUGGUGGCUUUGGCGAGGUCUACGGCUGUCGAAAAGCCGAUACUGGCAAAAUGUACGCAAUGAAAUGUUUAGACAAGAAGCGUAUUAAAAUGAAACAAGGCGAAAUGUUGGCAUUGAACGAGCGCAAUAUGCUACAAGCAGUUAGUACAGGAAUUGAUUGCCCUUUUAUUGUGUGCAUGACAUAUGCAUUUCACACCCCGGAUAAAUUAUGUUUUAUAUUAGAUUUAAUGAAUGGCGGCGACUUGCAUUACCACCUAUCACAGCAUGGAGUAUUCAGCGAAGAUGAAAUGAAAUUCUACGCAGCCGAGGUUAUUUUGGGCUUGGAGCAUAUGCAUAAGCGCUGCAUUGUGUACCGCGAUUUGAAGCCUGCUAAUAUAUUGCUGGAUGAAAAUGGUCACAUUCGAAUAUCGGAUUUAGGUUUAGCAUGCGAUUAUUCCAAAAAGAAGCCCCACGCUUCAGUGGGCACCCACGGAUAUAUGUCACCAGAAGUAUUAUCGAAAGGAACAUCCUACGACUCAUGCGCAGACUGGUUUAGCUUUGGUUGCAUGCUAUACAAGCUGCUAAAGGGACAUUCUCCAUUUCGACAACAUAAAACAAAAGAUAAGCAUGAGAUCGACAGAAUGACAUUAACCAUGAAUGUUGAGCUUCCGGACUCAUUUUCAGCAGAAUUAAGAAAUCUGUUGGAAUUGCUUCUUCAAAGAGAUGUGCCAAAACGUCUCGGCUGCAUGGGAAAUGGCGCUGAUGAAGUUAAAAUGCAUAGUUUCUUUUCUGGCAUUGACUGGCAUCAGGUUUAUAUCCAAAAAUACACCCCACCAUUGGUACCGCCUCGGGGCGAGGUGAAUGCGGCGGAUGCCUUUGAUAUUGGCUCCUUUGAUGAAGAAGAUACAAAAGGUAUUAAGUUAAAUGACAAUGAUCAGGAUCUCUAUAAGCAUUUCUCAUUAACUAUAUCCGAAAGGUGGCAACAGGAAGUAGCUGAGACUGUAUUCGAAACAAUAAACACGGAAACUGAUAAAAUAGAGCAGAAGAAGAAGUCUAAACAAAAACAACAUUUCGAUGCAGAUGAAAAAGAAUCCGAUUGUAUAUUACAUGGUUACAUUAAAAAAUUAGGCGGAUCAUUUGCAUCAUUAUGGCAAACUAAAUAUGCCAAGCUAUAUCCAAAUCGCUUGGAAUUGUAUUCCGAGAGUGGUAAUAACAAGCCAGAACUUAUUUUCUUGGACCAAGUGGAAGAUGUUUCAUCUGACUUUGUUCACUAUAAAAAUGAACAAUGUAUUCAAAUUCGUGUCAAUGACGGUAGCCGAGAUGGCAGAAUUAUUUUGACAAAUUCGGAUGAAAUUGGUUUGAAGGAAUGGGCGUUGUCAUUAAGAUCUGCCCACAAAAUGUCGCAAGAUCUGUUAGGAUCGAUGGCUAAAAAAGCUGGAAAAAUCUAUGGUAGUGAACGGGACGCAAACAAAUCAAUGUACAUUUUGGGCGGGAACUGUUCUACAAAAUCGUCAAAUGGAUCUAAUUAAAUACUAGUUCUAAUGCAAAUUAUUUAAAAGGAAAGAAAAUAAUAAUAUAAAACCAAAACAUAUAAUAGGUUUCCAGCUUUGAAACUCAUAAAACAAAUGCUAACAGAAAUCCUAAUAAAACACAUCUUGUAAAAUCACAUUAUAAUAUUAUGCGUACUGAUGAAUUUGUAGAAACUGUGUAAUAAAUGCAUAGAAAUACUUCA